UUUCUCUACUACACCUCCCUCUUCACUUUUCUACCUCUCUUUCACUUCAUUCUCUCCACUUUCCCACCAUGAUGGUAAACCAAGAAAAGGCAAGCGCGCCGACCGGCGCCAAGAACCCAUCCCGACCCGGAGGUCAUGUACCACGACACAGGGAUCGAUUACAACCAUGUGCUCAUGAACCGCAAUGCCUCAGUCGCGAAACUAUACGAGGAUGCAUUGCGAUAUGAGGAUGGAUCAAUGAUCUCGUCUGAGGGAGCGUUGGUGACGAGCUCGGGCAAGAAGACGGGUCGCUCACCAAAGGACAAGCGUAUUGUAGAUGAGUCCACGACGACGGCAGAUAUCUGGUGGGGGCCGGUGAAUAAGAAGCUGAGCGAGCAUGCGUUCUUAAUCAACCACGAGCGUGCGGUCGACUACUUGAACACCAGGGAGAGGCUUUAUGUGUUUGACGGAUAUGCGGGAUGGGAUCCAAAGUACAGGAUCAAGAUUCGUGUGGUCUGUGCCCGCGCCUACCACUGCCUAUUCAUGCGCAACAUGCUCAUCCGCCCCACGGACGACGAGCUCGAGGAGUACGGCGAGCCCGAUUUCACUAUCCUCAACGCCGGCGCCUUCCCCGCGAACCGUUACACGACCGGCAUGACUUCCAACACUUCAGUCUCGAUCAACUUUCAUCGUCGUGAGAUGGUCAUUCUCGGAACCGAGUAUGCCGGUGAGAUGAAGAAGGGGGUCUUCACCAUCAUGCACUACCUCAUGCCCAAGGCCGGUGUCCUCUCCUUGCACUCCUCCGCUAACCAAGGCGAGGAUGGCGAUGUCACCGUCUUUUUCGGUCUUUCCGGCACUGGCAAGACGACCCUCUCCGCCGACCCACGUCGUCAUCUGAUCGGUGACGACGAGCAUUGUUGGUCUGACACCGGUAUCUUCAACAUCGAAGGUGGUUGCUAUGCCAAAUGUAUUGAUCUCUCUGCGGAAAAGGAACCCGAGAUCUUUGGAGCCAUCCGCUUCGGUGCCGUCCUCGAGAAUGUCGUCCUGGAUGAAGAUACCCGUCUGGUAGACUACAGUGACAAUUCUCUGACUGAGAACACCCGCUGCGCCUACCCGAUUGAGUACAUUCCCAACGCCCUGAUUCCCUGUAUCAGCAGCGGGCACCCCAAGAAUAUCAUCAUGCUCACUUGCGAUGCCUUUGGAGUCCUCCCACCAGUCUCGAAGUUGACAUCUGCCCAGGCGAUGUACCACUUCAUCUCCGGAUUCACCGCCAAGAUGGCCGGUACUGAGGAUGGUGUGACCGAACCUGAGGCGACCUUCUCUGCCUGCUUCGGCCAGCCCUUCUUGGUUCUGCACCCAACCAAGUACGCGACCAUGCUGGCCGAGAAGAUCCAGCAGCAUGCGGCUGAUGUGUGGCUGAUCAACACUGGAUGGACUGGAGGAGCCUACGGCAAAACAGGCCAGCGUAUUGCGCUCAAGUACUCCCGUGGAAUCAUCGACGCCAUCCAUUCAGGAGAGCUCAAGAAGGCCGAAUAUCAGACCUACCCGAUCUUUGAUCUCCAGAUCCCCAAGGUCAUGCCAGGUAUUCCUGCGGAGGUUUUGAACCCGGCCACGGCAUGGAGGGGACCCGCUGCUGAAUUUGAGCAGAGCGUCAAGAAAUUGGCCCAGCUGUUCAAGGAGAACUUUGCAAAGUACCAGGACCAGGCUUCGGCCGAUGUCAUCGCUGCGGGACCCAAGAUCUAAACCCUCGAGCGAGAAGGUGAACAGCCAUACGGCCCAAAAAAAAAAGAAAAAAAAAAAAGAAAAAAAAAGAUCAAGAGUAAGGGGAUUCUUUUCAAAAUGACGAGACGGCCCGAGUACGCUGUACUUGUUCUUUUGCAUAAUGUAAAAAACACUAGCAUCACCGCUUGCCACAUG